GAUUGUUGAGCAAGUAUCAUGGAUAUGCAGUGUGGUGAUGUCCAGUCAUUUUUUAUAUCAGAUGAUGGUAAUAGUAACACUAUACAGGUCCUGAGAGGUGAUGAUGAUGUAAUGAUAGGUGAAGAUGAUGAAGUUGCCUUUGUGGAUGAGGUGGAGGAAUAUACAUCUGAGGACCAGCAGCAAGAUGCUGAAACUGUGGAGGCUGAUACCUCAAGGAUGGCAUUUGUUAAGUUUGCACAGCAGCCUGAUGGGACCAUUGUCCCUAUUGGGCUAGUGCCAGCAGAGGAAGUUGGUGACCAGGGCAGCAUCGUCACCGACCCGCUGCUGAUGGAGACGGCCGAGGCGUUCAGUCGCUCGGCACUGUCCCACGCCGGCGCCGGACCGUCGGAAGGCGCUCAGCCGAGCACCUCCGCGGACGGCGGACCGUCGGACGGCGCCCGGCCGGGCACCUCCGCGGACAGCGGACCGUCAGACGGCGCUCCGCCGGGCACCUCAGCGGGCGCCGGCGCGGACGGUCCGUCCAGCACCAUCUGCCGCCUCGUCAGGAAGCGAGCCGUCGACAUGAGCAAGCCGGAGCCCUGCGAUUUGUGCGGCUGUCGCUACAAGAACAAGGCCAGUUUGAAGGCGCAUCAACGCACGUACCACAGCGAUAGCGUGGCAGUGAAAACGCGGGAUAGUCUGCGCUGCGCGGAGGUGGGGUGCGAUUUCACGACCUCGCACUGUAAGACGCUCUGCAAGCACCUGACCCAGCAGCACAACAUCCAGAUGGACGUAGUGAAACUCAUCUUCAAGGACUGGGACGAGAUGACGGCGUGGCAGAGCGACUUUGAGUAUGAGACGGGCACGCGGUACCGGCGCCUGCAGCGUCAGGUGUCCGACUCCGGCGAGCUGAUUCAGCUGCGACUGACCUGUCCGGGCGCCGAGCCGCCGGCCAGUCAGCGCCGGGGCGGCUGGAGGCUCCGCCGGACGUCGGGCCGCCGCGGACGGCCGCCCGGACCGCCGGCCGCCACCCGCGUCAUCUGCACCUCGUACGUGCGCGCGUGCAGGCCCGAGAGCGACGGCCCGGUGACCGUGACCGUCAACACUACCCACUACGGGCACCGGCUGGACGAGUCGGCGGCCGCCAGGACCAAGGAGCCGCUGCCAGAGACCACCCGACGCUUCCUCGAGGAGACGCUGCGCGCCGGCUGGAGCCUGGAGCGGAUCAUGCGCGCCGUGCGCCGCUCCGUGCUCGACGACCCGUCGCCGCUGAACGCCAUGUUCCGUCUGCGCCGACAGCACGUGUACAAGGUGGCCCACCGACUGGGCAUACCAUCGGAGCGGCUGCGGCCCGAUCCGGAGACCGAGGAGGGCCCGCUCCCGGCGCUUACCACGGUGGCUGAACGGCUGGCCGACAACGAAGGGGCUCACGUGCUGUUCCACAAGGAGGUGGGUGACGUGAUGGAGGGCCUGCACGAGUGCGACUUUGUGUUCGCCUUCACCACGGACCGUCAGCUGGAGCUGCUGCACCAGCUCGGCCCCGGAGGGGUGCUGAUGAUGGAUGUUACCGACACGCCGCCCAAAGGCCGCCGGUGCCGGCUGCUCGCGCUGUACGCGUUCCGCGGGGACGGGGACGCGCCGCGGCCGGUGGCCUGGCUGCUGAGCAGCGCCGUGCCCGGCGGGGAGCUGGCGCAGCAGCUGGUGCUGGCGCUGGCGCAGCUCUCCGAGCAGCAGCUGGAAGCUCCGCUGCCGGCGCCGCGGUACUUCGUGGCCGACAAGUACUCCGAGUUCCACCAGGUCUGGUGCGAGGCCACCGGUCAGCGGCCGACGCGGCUGCUCGACCAGGCCAGGGCGCGCGCCACACUCUCCACCAUGCUCAUCAAACACGUCAAGGACCCGUCCCGUCGGCAGGUGGUGUGGACGGCCGUCUCGCGGCUGAUGACACUCACUGGCCGCGAGGAGCAGCCGGAUGGCGGCGGUGCGCCGGCGGACGAGGUGGGCGUCCGGCGCGCCGUCUACCGGACCGCCGCACACCUGGCGCGCCAGCUGCAGACGCGGCCCGACACGCAGCGCUUUGGCGCAUACCUGGAAGAGAAGUGGAUCCGCAAGGGUCUGCUGGAGGAGUGGCAGUCGGUGUUUCGGCGGGGCGUGGUGGUGCCCUCUCACAGCGCCGCCCAGGUACUGCACGCCGCCGUGGCCGCAGAGUUCCUCGGCUCCGCCGAACGCUGCGUCGAUCGGGCGGUGGCCAAGCUGAUGGAGUUCUCUGAGAAGUGGAACCAGCCGGCGCCGGAGAGGAACGCCAGCGCUCCUCUGACGAUGGCCAAGUACUUCCCGGCGUCGGCCGGCGCGCUGCGGCCGUCCUGGGGCGGUCCGCCGGAGCAGCGGCGUCACCAGCUGCGGCUGCGGCUGCAGGACCUGCUCGGCGCGCUGCAGGACGCCACCGACGCCGAGCUGCCGGCCUGCGAGCGGGCCGUGCGCGCCAUGGAGGAGGCCCUCAGCCCGCCGCUGUGAUCCACCGCCGGACGGGACAUGUGAUAGGCAGUGGCCGUGUGUGGCGCCCACUUACGCCACUUGGAAAAAGGUUCUUGUUGAUACUUUUGUUAGUAGGAUCUCAAGAUGACGAUGGGUGGAGAAAUUUCCAGCGCAGCUGUGCUCAGGAAAGUGUUUGACUAUUGAUUGUCGCGACGGCUGCUGAUCCAAGUUUAAUGUCUGGUAAGUGGUAGGCUGGACUCAGGAGUCAGGAGGCCCUCGAUGAUUCGGUAUGCCGAAUAAUGUGUUAUCGGCUGUGGUUCUGCGUAGCGCAACCAGACUGUUGGCAUGUCCGUAACAUUAUUUUUAGUUUUACGAUAUAUCCAAGUCUCCCAUGUCGUUAACGAGCGCAGGUCUCAAAGAUUUCGUUCAAACCUUUCCAUUUGAAUUAGUGACUUUGAUACCGAUUUCUAUGUCUGAAUGUCAUCUUCUGUUUUUUUUUUGCGUUAUGCCGAUGUCAUAAUAUGCAGAUGUCAUAAUAUAGUGCCCUUUUUCGCUUCGUU